AUGGCUCGUACAAAGCAGACUGCAAGAAAAUCGACUGGAGGAAAAGCUCCUCGCAAACAAUUGGCAACCAAGGCUGCACGAAAGAGUGCCCCAGCAACUGGAGGAGUAAAGAAACCUCACAGAUAUAGGCCCGGCACAGUUGCACUGAGAGAGAUUCGUAGAUACCAGAAGUCGACCGAGUUGUUGAUCAGGAAACUGCCCUUCCAAAGGCUCGUCCGAGAAAUAGCCCAAGACUUCAAGACAGACCUGCGCUUUCAGAGCUCGGCAGUGAUGGCCCUUCAAGAGGCAUCAGAAGCUUAUCUAGUUGGACUGUUUGAAGACACCAACUUGUGCGCCAUUCAUGCCAAACGUGUUACCAUUAUGCCAAAGGACAUACAACUAGCCAGAAGGAUUCGAGGCGAGAGAGCUUAA